AUGGGUCAAAUUCAGAGGUAUCCCCAGAAAGUCUGGAUUCAAAACUUGGCCGCUGCUUGGUGGCUGCUGGUCGUGACGUCACGUGUGGUUCCGCGAAUCCUGAGCCUGGUGUUGCCGUGUGUAGACGUAGAGCCGGCUGAUAAACCCAUCCUGAUCAAAGAUGAGAGCGCAGAGGAGGACAACCUGAUCUCCGAAGUGGAGCAGCCUCCAUUUCUCCACGCCUCCGAACAUCCCCACGUCGACAGCUAUGCAGAGCGUUAUCACUCCUCUGAGACUCCAGCAGACCCUGGACUUCUGGUUUCUGUAAUAGACGGAUACGACGCUUUCCCAGAGCAGCAGCUGAGCACAGAACAAACUGAGGUCGAGUUCGUAGUGAAACAAGAGGAACAACCCGACGAGAACGAGGCUCCUCUUGAAUCAGCCCACAUCUUUGAGGCAGAGGAAGGAGACGGACAGCUGUGGUCGACCAAUCUGUGCAGAGACGAUGUUGGUCCGAGCUUCUCGUACGCUGAGCAUCAGUUUGAGACGAAUCCCUCUGUGUUCCCGUCUGCAUUGGAAGACAUGGGGCCUCAAAUUCACUCCGUAGGGAAAUCACAUCCAGUUACAGUGAACGCAGCACGAGUGAAAAGACGAGCAAGGACGUUUGGGUGUAAGAGAGCACAACAAGAUGAAGGACACUUAUCUCACAAUAACACCAUGGAUCAGUGUUUAAUUCCUCAGCAAUCGCAGCAUCAGUUCAGAGACUCGGCCCAAAACGAGGAUGUGACGCCUCCGAGCACAACGUCUUCUUUCCGCAGUAACUUCGGCCUGGCGAGGAGGAUCAGGACGCCCUGGAGGACGGGCAUCGGAGAGAAGAGGUACAGCUGCACGUUCUGCAACAAGAUCUUCAUGAGGUUCAGUCAGCUGAAGGAGCACCUGAGGAGCCACACGGGGGAGAAGCCCUUCAGCUGCGUGCAGUGCGGACGCAGCUUCACGAAGCAGUGCAACCUGAUCCGGCACGCCGUGGUGCACAGCGGGGAGAAACCCUUCCACUGCGCGCUCUGCGGGAAGAGCUUCACGCAGCGCUCCAGCCUCAAGUCGCAUCAGAAGACGGCACACUAAUAAUAAUAGAUUACAUUUCUAAGCGCCUGUCAAGGGACCCAAGGCCACUUUACAUGGUGAACAAACAAACAAACAAAAGGGGCAAAUAAUAAAGUAAGAAAUGUAAAUUUUUUAUUUUAUUUUAACUAAUGCUGUUAUAUUUUAAGAGUGUCCAUUAUCAUCUGGCCGGGGACAACAGCUGGAAAUGAGCCAUGUUGGCUGAAGCUGCCCCAUUUACUGUUCUUUGUGACAGUUGAUCGAUGGGGACUGUCCACGACACUAUAUACAAAUAAACUACAAUGACAUAAAUAGCAGUAGGAGUGGAAGCAGGGGGACUGCGAUGGGUUAGGGGUCAAACACUGAGAUCACAGGGGCGGAUUUUAUAAAUCCUGUGUUCAGUUACUUCCAUGUUUCUUGAAACAUCUUGAACCUGGAUCUUGGGGAUUCGUUAGAUAAAAAAAAGUUUGGUUAUUUGUUCUACAUUGCUUUGUUUAUAAACUGUUUUUUAUUCUUUGUCAUUUUGAUACAAGAAACUAGUCUGGAAUCAUCAUUUGAUAACCAAGCGAGAAGUUCUGUAUUCAAGAUUCAAAGGUUUAUCGUCAUGUCAUAUACGCAGUUACGGUAAUUAUGUGAUGUAUGGAAAACUUAGAUUGCAAGUUCCUCAACAGUGCAAUUACAAGACAUAAAAAUGGAAACAUUUGGUCUAUCUACGCUGUAAA